UGUUUUUUUUUUAAACAAUUUGUAUAAAUUGUUACAGAGAGUAGAAACUAGAUUCUAGAAACCUUUUCUUGUUCAACUUCAAAAAUCACUGUUUUGGUUGUGCAAACGUUUUUCUUACAACAUUGAGAGUUGCAUUAAACAUUGAUAUACAAACUACCGGUCUUUCUUCAAGUAAAAGCACUUGAGGUAUAUCACAUUUACCAUCGUUGUGCGUUACAGGGUAUAAUUUAUAUUGCUAUUAUGCCGAGGGAUCGUGAAAGAAGUAGUUCCCGAGAUCGACGAAGUUCUUCAUAUAGCUCGGAGUCAUCUUACGAGCGCAAAAAGUCUAAAUAUAAACAUAAAAGACGAUCGCGUUCUAAGGACCAUUUACAGACAAAAAGUCAUAAGAGAAGACUGUCCAAUUCUAGGUCAAAACAUAGGAGACGGAGUUAUUCGAGAAGUGCGUCAAUAGAGCGUUAUGACAGUAGGUCUAAACUGCGUUCAUCAUCACACUCUCGAUCUAAGCGCUCUAAAUACUCCCGUGACCGUUCGCGGUCACGUUUGUCAUCUCGGGACCGAAAAUACAAUAAAAAGAGUCACAAGUGUUCUCGGUCCAAGAGCAGGUCGAAUUCUUUUGAUAUUGAGCCUCCACUACAGUUAGACAAUACAGACACCAUAGUAGAAAAGGCUAUAAAGGCAGCUGAGGCAGCAGGGCUGACUAUGACUAAGAUUCCAACAUAUGAGUAUAAAGAUGUGGCUGUGAAAGAAGAUAUGCCUACAAUACAUGAUCGUAACUUAUUAGAUGAACUAAAUAAUGAUGCAUUUGUUCAAAAAUCUUUCUCAUCAACUAAAAGGAAAAGGCAAAAUAUUGUUAUAGAUCUAAAUGCAGAAACUGUUAAAGUACCAGAAGCUGAUGUUAAAGCUAGAAAAGAUGAUUCAAUUAUAAAUUUUAGUGAAAUUCUAUGUCAAGAAGAUCUAAAAGAGAUGUGGAUCAAGAAAUUAUACCAAUACCGGAAAAAAAUGUUGAGGGAAGAGUUAUAAAUAACAAAACAAGACAUUUAAUGGGUUAAUCUGUGGAAGUGAUGUGAAUCUAUUGAUUUUAAAUAAAAAAAAGUAUAACCUAAA